AUGUCGACCCGGAAAAGGCGCGCACCCGGCGCAGCUCCCGUAUCCCAACAGUCCACAUUUCCAGAUCCCGGAAACGUUUCCACCGACCAAUACAUGAACAACUGGAACGACCCUUCAUCAGUCGCCGGCGAUAUGGGCGGCUUCGGUGACCCUUCCAUCUACGACGGUAUCAACUUCGGCGGAAACGUCGGUGGCACCCCCUCGAUGCAUAAUCGCGUGGUGUCACUGGAUGGGAUGAAUGGCACGACGGAUAUAGGGGCGGGGCAGCUGGUGAGGCGGAAUCCAAACCAACAACUUGCUGCACGGGGACGUAGCCCGUGGGACCCUUACGACAACCAGCAGCCCGGAUGGGAGAAUGCUGACGACGAUGAAGAGCUGGAGCGGAAAGCGAUGGCGGCGAAGAAAGAUGCCCUGCAGAAGAGGAAGCAGAUACCCCCAUUCGUUCAGAAACUGAGCAGCUUCCUUGACAACAAUAACAACUCGAACCUAAUCCGCUGGUCCGAUGACGGCAAUUCAUUCAUCGUCUUAGAUGAAGACGAAUUCGCAAGAACCCUCAUCCCCGAGCUUUUUAAGCACAACAACUACGCAUCGUUCGUCCGACAGCUGAACAUGUACGGCUUCCACAAGAAAGUCGGGCUCUCAGACAAUUCGAUGAAAGCGAGCGAGACGAAAGCCAAGGCUCCGAGCGAAUACUACAACAAAUACUUCAAGCGUGGAAGGCCGGAGUUGUUAUGGCUCAUUCAGAAACCGAAGAAUGCUCCCUCCAAUCCAAAGCGAAAACGAGAAGAUGAUGCGAAGCAAGGCGACAGUGACGAAGACCGGAAAUUUGCGCCGGAUGGAGGCGGAGGAGGCUAUGUAGAAGACCUAGCGGUGAGAGGGAAUCAAGACAUGACCAUGAUCCCAAGGUCAGAAUACAACAGCCUACGAGCAGAAGUCCGCGCCCUGCAGCAACAGCAGAAAGUAAUAUCGAAUGUCUUGGGCCAGAUCCGCAGGCAAAACGAGCAGCUCUACCAACAGGCGACGGCCUUCCAGACAUUGCACGACCGACACGAAAACUCCAUCAACGCGAUACUCACUUUUCUCGCUACUUUCUACAACCGCAGUCUGGAGGCAAAUAGUAAUGUCAACUUCGCGGACAUGUUUGGGCCGGCUAUGCCAGCACAGCAACCGCAUGGGAACGUGGUUGAUGUUGGAGACUACUCUGAGAAGCCCAUAAACAAGUCCCCGCAGAUGCAACGGGUUAAGCGUCCCCUCGCUCUACUUCCAGCUCCCGCUCAGAAAGAUGCAAUGACACCCUCCACUCGCGCUGCCACCCUCAGUCCUUCUGCCCGAUCAGCAACAAGUCCGAUACUAAAACCGGGGAGUCGACAACAACCAGUCUUCAAAUCUCCUGCGUCCAAUACGAGGCCAGCUACAGGCUUUACCAGUCAAACAGUAAGAGAUGGAAAUUCCACAGACCCAAUCAAGGUUGAUACUAGCUCACCGUCACAGAACCAGAUGCCUCUGCAAAACGACGAGAUCAUGUCUGCGAUCCAGAAUGCGAAUGCGAGCACGGGCCGGUUCGCAAGCCAAGCUCCUCAGGUCGACCUCCCCGCCGCGCUAAACAAUUACCAAACACAAGAUGGACAUACUCCCUUGACUCCACAACAACGAAGCGACGUUCUCUCUUUGAUGGCAAACAACACGUCCGCCGCUUCCCCAAACAGUGCGCUUGCUACUAACACGAACAAUGCGCUCCUCAAUCCACAGCCUCCGCCUAUGCCGAACCUGGACCAGUUCGCCGAGACCCAGGCACAGCUCGAUCUCCUGCAGAAGAUGUCCGAAGAACAGAAUAAUCGUGUCCAGCACCUCCAAGAGCGUCUUGUGCCUCUUAGUCCUUCCGGCCAGAUCCCGGGCCUCUCGGACGACUCCUACUUUGGCGAUCCUGGGCAAUACGAUCUCAAUCACGAUCUGGAUCUGGAUUCCUUCGUUCAGGGCGAUGACUUCUUCCCCCCAUCUACGACACAGACAGGCGAUGCGGGUAUCGGCGAUGGGUCGUUGCCCGACCUGAGCUACCAGCUGCCCGACACCACUGGUAUGAAUUCAGGGGCCGGGUUUGACGCCGGCGCUGCGGAUACGUUUAACUUCGGUACGAACAGCAACACCCAUCUGAAUGCAGGGGAUGCUGAAAAUAGGGUUGAGAGUGUGAGCUCGUCAGCCACGAGCCCCGCGGCGACGGUGGAAGAGGUAGAGGAUGAGAGCAGGGCAAAGCGGAGCCCCAAAAGGAGGAGGAAGUAG